GCACGCACAAAUAUUUCAUUUAUUUCAUAAACCUUAAUGUAAAGUUCAAAAAGUUCCUUAAAAAACACGCGCUAUAAAGCCAACAUAGCGAUAUGUCCUCGCCCACCAAUUUUAAUCGAUCCAUGUUGGUGGAGUACAGUGCCGCCUUCAUGUACUACAUGGAGAAGCACAAACUCAUGGAGGUGAUGAGUCGUAUUCUGGCGGAGAUUUCAGUUGCGGAUGGAGUUACAGAUAUACGCCGAUGGAUGGGCGAGAAUAUAAGGCGGAUCGGCGUAGAUAUAUACACCAAAUCUUUGGAUGCCUUUCAUCGCGGCGUAAUGGGGGAUUUUUACCAGCUGCCCAGGAGCUUUUACCACCGCAUAGUGCUGCAUGGCAAGCCUGGAUCUGGUCGAAGGUCCUUGGCCCAUGUCCUAGCUCAACGCUGGAACCUACUAAUACUGGAUGCCGAUGUCCUGGCCUAUCACAGCAUCAAUAGUCCACAUCAGGAUGAGCACUCGCGCUUGCUGCAGGAAGCCAUUGAAAAGGAUUGUGUUUACAAAAGGUCCCAGGCGGUGGGAAACCUCAUCCAGAACAGGCUCCUCAAGGAGGAUGCCCUCCACAGGGGUUGGAUACUGAUCAACUACCCUAACAAUAAGUGCGAGGCUGAGGAACUCUUCGAGGGCUUCACUGUGCCUCCAAACCGAUUUGUUUUCCUGCAAAUCGACGAGCGUAUGGCUCGCAUGCGAAUUCUGCUCAACAGCUAUUCGCCGGGACCUCAGGCUCACAUCAGUUUUCUGGAUCGUCAGAUGGCUCAGUUCCGGAAAAGUGAACCUGCCCUCAAUUCCUAUCUCAGCCAGCGCAGAGAGGUCGUCUAUGUGGACGCCUCACCGUGUUUCGAGCAGGUCAAAUGCGAAAUCAUAUCUCAACUCACCAAAACUCCCUAUGUUUUGGGUAAAAAAUACGGCGAGGCCAAUGCCAACAUUUAAAUUUGAUUCCCGGCACUCUGCAUCUAAAUUGAGUAACAAUGUGUUCUUCAAGUCCUUUCUGUGAUUAUUCUCGUUAUUAUUAUUAUUUGCUCAAGUGUCUGGCGUUGUUUGUGUUAUUAUUGCCUUGGUUUUUUCUAUUUUUUGGGGUCAGGCCUAUCAGACUUCUGACCAAUUCCCCAUCCACCGAGAAAUAUUGCUA